AUGGAUUCGACUAGCAUACAAGCACCUCCCAAACCAAAUCCGAAUCAAGACAGCGGACGUCUCCCGCACGAUUAUCACGUCGACAUGGAGCAGACCAACGAGCCACUCAUGCUCAAGGACGAGAACUGGGAUCUCUACUCAGUGUCAGGUGUUGCAGCUGUGCAGAUGCUCGCGCAAGCAUUACAGUCACUAGCCAACAUCACCGGAGAUGUCGCGUGCACCACUCCCGUAUACCAGAGGCAAAUGUUCAAACCCCCAGCAACAAUCCCCGAAGGCUCCAACCCUCCAUCUCCCGACUCGAUCACACCGCCUGCCCAUACGCCAGAGUUGGAAGGCUCACCAACUCUUGCUCCACACCAUUGCGUUCCCCCAGACAUUGCCGAAGCCAACGCCCUGCAGCUUGCAGCUGUUUCGCGACGAUUCUUCCUCAAGGCUGCUCCGCCAUUCUCCAUCACCGAUUAUCUCCUUCGCAUACACAAGUUCAGCCCGCACUCGCCUGGCGUGUACUUGGCUGCAGCAUCCUAUAUACACCGUCUUUGUGUCGUUGAGACUAUGGUACCCGCCACACCUCGCACAGUACACCGCUUAGCACUGGCUGCCAUCCGCAUAGCCAGCAAGUCACUAGAAGACAACAAAUGGACCCAAGAACGAAUUGCCCGUUUGGGUGGUAUAAGCACAAAUGAGCUUAAGAAGCUUGAAAUAAGUUUCUGCUACCUGCUCAACUUUGACCUUUUUCUAAGGCCAGAAGAUCUACAGCGUUCGAUGUGGUUGUUACAAAGUACCGCACGUCAAGGUCUAUCCGUUAGGCGACGCCUGAGUGAAGGCUUCAUCAUGCGACUACCGUCCAGACUAUUACCCGAAGCUACUGCUGGAGCAUGA